AUGAAAGGUGUUCAUUUCCAACUAUCUAUUGUUGCCACAUUGGCAUUGGCCACCUUCCUUGUAUCUGCCUCAGACCCCAGUCCUCUGCAGGACUUCUGCGUAGCAAUUAAUAACACCGAAUCUGCUGUGUUUGUGAAUGGGAAAUUCUGCAAGGACCCGAAGCUUGUGACAGCAAAUGAUUUUUUCUUCUCCGGGCUCAGAAUUCCUGGAAACACAUCAAAUCCAGUUGGUUCAUUCGUGACACCGGCGAAUGUGGAGCAAAUAGCUGGACUUAACACUCUUGGCAUAUCCUUGGCUCGCAUUGACUUUGCACCAAACGGCCUCAACCCUCCUCACACCCACCCACGCGGCACAGAAUUUCUCAUAGUCUUGGAAGGCACACUCUAUGUUGGCUUCGUCACAUCCAAUGGCGACAACAAUCGGCUGUUCACCAAGGUGUUGAACAAGGGAGAUGUGUUUGUGUUCCCAGUUGGUCUCAUUCACUUCCAGCUCAACGUGGGACACGUCAACGCUUUAGCCGUUGCAGGUCUGAGCAGCCAGAACCCAGGAGUUAUCACCAUAGCCAAUGCAGUGUUCGGGUCAAACCCUCCUAUCAACCCUGAUGUUCUAGCCAAGGCAUUCCAGAUCGACGACAAGGAGGUUGAGUAUCUUCAGAAACAGUUCUGGUACAACAACAAUUAA